AUGCACAAUGUGAUCAAUGAGCGACGAGUGAUUUUCACGAUUUUCUCGCUAAUUUUCUUUUGCUUACCAAGAUGCGCCACUCACCUCUUGCAUCCAACCAUUCGACAGGCGACUGCGGAAGACCUCGACGAAGAUUAUCUCACUUUUGAAAUGACUCUUCCACCAACAACAGCAUGGCCAAAAUUUCGGCCAGAAAUGAGAAAUCUCGAGUUCUCGGCGCUUUCAGAGGAGAGUCUGAAGAGGUCGGAUGGGGGUGAGAAAAGGAGCCUCUUCAGUUCGGCGCUCAGCCCAUGCGCGGUGCCACAACCGGGUGAUGGAGAGUUCGAGGAUUUCUGUCAAAUGCAAUACCAUCAAUCACAAGCCGUUUGCGAUCCGGGGAGUCUUUUAUCGCGAACGGAGAGCGAGUUAUUGGAUUCACGAAUCGAAGCGAUGAAUAUGAGUGGAUGUAUAUGUAAAAACUGUGCCGACAAUGGGAAACCGACGGUGGCUGUCGUUGUCGUUUCGUUGGCUGAUUGGAAUGGUUUCCAAAAAUGUCUCCCCACCGGCCUCACCUCACCGGGAAAUCCGAUCGCGAAACCCUCGGCCGCUUUCAUCUUUUCAAAUAUUCUUGCUGAUCAUUGGGCACAAAGCUGUCGACCCGACUUGUUCCUGGUUUACAUUGAACGAUGGACCGCGGAGCCCACGCAUCGACCAUAUCUCAUUCCUAUCUAUCAAAACGACUUCCAUCGCCUUGCCUCCAGAGCUCGGCCGGUUCUCGUGCGUGCCACAAAUCAACUCCUCGACGAAACGACGAAAGCGCUCAUUAACUCAAGAAAUCUGAUGAAUAGUGGAGUGCAUCAAUUCCAACUGCGAGCCACAAUCCCAUCAUGGGCCGUCUCGUUGACUCUUGCACUUGUCGGUUUCAUGUGUGUUGCGAUCUAUGUCGCAAAUUAUAUAACAACAAAAAUCGGGAGACAAAGGGUGCGAAAGAAGAGUUCGGUGAGCUCGGUUCGAUCGCAUCGUUUACGACCGGGAGUCGGUGGUGGAUUAAUGAUGACCGAAAAUCGUUUGGUGACCCCGGUGCGCAAGAGCACGAUGAUGUUCCGCUCGUUCAACAAAAGUCGAUACGCGGCGAUACCCACCGCGAAUCGGAUA